CCUGACGGGGGACUGUCCCUUGCAUUUCCAGCACCCAAGGUCUGCGAUGCCUGCAAAAACAAAAAUGAAGACGAUAAUGACAUCGUGGAAAACCUCUGCAAAAAUGACUUUGCCUUGAAGAUAAAAGUGAAGGAGAUUGCCUACAUCAAUGGGGAUACCAAGAUCACCCCCGAAACAAAGAGCAAAACCAUCUACAAGCUGAAUGGGCUGACAGAAAGGGAUCUGAGGAAGAUCGUGCUCUGGCUCAAAGGUGGCCUCCAGUGUACCUGUGACGAGAUGAACGACAUCAAUGUCCCCUAUUUGGUGAUGGGGCAAAAGCAAGCUGGGGAACUGGUGAUCACCUCGCUGAAGCGGUGGCAGAAAGGGCAGAGGGCUUUCAAGCGGUUCUCCCGCAGCAUCCGCAAACUGCAGUGUUAGUGGCUUCGGCUCUGGCCGCCUCCAGCAGCCGCCUCUGUCCUGAGCUCUCUGGGCCUCCUGCACCUUCUUGCUUCGGCCCCUCUGAGCCUUGAGAUGCCACGGGCAUGAGACAUGGUCCCUGCUCUCUGAGAGGGGAUGGAGCCCUCCGUUCUUGUACAUAGGUUAAAAUGUAAUAAAAAAAAAAAAAAACCAUGACUAUUUUUGGGAAGUAUUAAAAGUAUCUCGCUUAAAGCUUUUUUUUUUUAAUGGUUGCAACCGUGACUGGUCUGAGGUUUUUCCCUCUUCAUUUUUGGUAAUGCUGGUUCAAUUAUAUUGCUGCUUCUCUGUAUACGUGCAUGUUUGUUGUGCAAAAGUAAGAGAUGCAGAAAAAGACGGCCACGUGUGGGACUGGCCUGUCACAGUGGGUACGACUCUUUCACCGAGGUGAAAUGGCUUGCCAUCUAUAUUAACACUAUAAAGGUCAUGCUAUGACUCUUGCAUGCAAUACAUAGGCAACAGUAAGAGUGUAUUAACCAUUCUCAUAUUUUAUUUUCCACAAGUCUGAGCCUUUCUCUCUCAGAAAAAAUGAACAAGUUUUGGAGCUGGUUGAUCUGAAUGCAACUUUUUUUUUAAUUAUUUUGCAAAUUAAACCACCGGUAGCCUAACUGUAAUAUACCUAGUGGUUAACCUGAAAGAGUUGUAAAAUAUUGCUUUAAUUAACCUUGUAAAUACUCCAGAUGAAUGUUAUAUUCUUGUAUAUAAACUUUACGUCAUAGUUU